UUUUCAGCUCUCAAGGAAAGAACUCUAAAAAUGUGGCCGAAAAGGAUAAUUUUCUGGCUGCAUUUUGCUUUAGGUGUCUUGAUUAAUGAUGUUUUCUGCAAUUCUUGCAAGGAAGACAGUGAAUUUAGUGUUUCCUGCAACUCUUUCGAUCAUCUUUUGAGAUUUCCCCAUGCGGAAAAGUGGAAAAUUGUGCACGUGAACUUCCCAGAAACGCCCAGUGACAGGAAUACUGUGCCUGAGAUGUUCCUGUGCGGCGGACCGACUUUUGAGCAGUUGACGAAAGUGCAGCACUUCGAUUUGUCCAAUUCGGGCGUCAUGAGCUUGAAUGUGGAUUGUUUCAGAGGAAUGAAGAGCUUGGAAACAGUGAAUCUGAGCAGAAACAAUCUGACAUCAAUCUCUCUGGAUGCUUUCAAGCAGUCUGAUCAAGUGCGAGUGCGCAGCUUGAAUUUGGACAGCAAUCAAAUCUUGGACAUUGAUCUCAACAGUGUGCGAAUGGGGGACUUAAGAAUGCUCAUGCUGGGAAACAACAGGCUCACGUCGUUCUACAUUAAAUCUGAAGUUCAGUAUUUGCCUAAGCUUGAAGUGUUGGAUCUCGAGAAGAACGACAUUUGGCGGUUUGGCAUUGAAAGUCGAACGCUGCAGAGUUUGGAUCUUUCCUAUAAUUGUGUGAAAAACUUCACGAAAGCGCAUUUGAAUCUGCCGAACUUGAAGCAUUUGUACUUGACUGGAAAUCACUUGAAUGUGUUGAACGAAGACAUGCUGAGCAAUGCACCAAAGCUGCAGAAUAUCUAUUUAUCACACAAUCUCUUGUAUUCAGUCUCUCUUCCCAGCCUCAAUUUGAUUUACAUAGACUUGAACUACAAUCUGCUGAAGACAAUUGAGAACAUCGCGUUAAAGUUCGUUAAUCACUCAUCGCUUCAUCUCAGCUUUAAUAAAGUCUUUGAAAUGACGCCGCGAUCGUCUCUUGGGAGUCUCACGGAACUCGUGUGCAAUUUCUGCAACAUUCACUCAAUUGACCCUUUCUUUAUUCAUGACUCUUUGCCGAAUGCGGAGAGUGUGAGCUUGAGGAGCAAUUUGCUUCGAUCCGCGAAGCUUUUUGAGUCUCGAAGUGAUGAUCUGAAGCUCAUUUCCGUUGAUUUGACAUACAAUCAGAUCAAAAGGAUCGGCAGGAAUACAUUCAAAUGGCUCGGCAAGACGAUCAAUCUUUAUCUGGCCAACAAUGAGAUCCAUUCGAUAGCUUCUGGGGCUUUUGAGAAGAUGAUAAACUUGCACACUCUCGAUCUCAGCAACAACUUCAUCUACGAACUCUCACCGAAUUCAUUCGAUCAAACGCCACUUUCUUGGCUUCUCCUGAAUGGAAACAACAUGGCACACUUCUAUAUCCCCGGAUGGAAUCCACAAACUAAUGAAAUUGAAGAAAGCAACAGUAUGCUAAACAAAAUCCAACUGCUUAAUGUGGAGAACAAUCCUUUCCAGUGUGAUUGUCUGGAAUUGUUGCAUGUUUGGGCGCAGGGAAAGUCCUUCAAUCUCAAAGUCUACGAUGAGAAAGUGAAAGCAGGUGUGAAGCCAGCCUGCAUCGUGAACGAUCAGGGAUGUCGAACGGAUGUUGGCAAGGACUUCGUCAAGGACUAUUGGCACCUCUUCAACGACAACAAAUUCCAAGAUAUUCUCCUCUUGGAUGAUUACGAAUAGUGCAAAUAAGAAGCCACACAAUUUUUAGUAAUAAAAUCUCAUCUUAUUCAACACUUUAAGUACAAAAUCAUUGCCUAACAAAAAUAUCAUGAUGAGAUGUUCCAGACUUUAUUCGCAGCAGUGUGGAAAGGUGAGGGGUGGAAUAAAUAAAUAAAUAGAGGCGAAAAUACAAUAAAUAAAUUACUUUAACGACUAUAGUUAAUGCUA